AUGAAUAUUAUGAAAUAUAGUUACCCAUGUUACGAAAAAACUCCGUAUCACUGUGCUCCUGGGUAUCGGACGUUCUUCGAUCAUUUUGAGGAAGACGAUUUUCUAUGGAGACACUAUCUUGAACUUGAAGAUAAGGAUCCAACUGAAAGCGAUAUGUGGAGUUCUACAACAUUCAUAUUUUCUUUCACUUAUGUGGAAAUGCAUCAUUCAAAUAGGGUGAAACUCCAAUUCGGGAUUAAACAAGACAUUCCUAGUCCACCUACAUGCAUGGAGAGGUACCACAAGAGUACAGCGAACGACCAAUGGAAAUUCGAUGAUUGGAGAGACCAUAACAGACAAGAACGACAGCACUGGAUAAAUCGUCGUCGCACUGUUCUACGAGGAAAUGUCAUGGAUACCGAAUGUAAACCCAGUAGGUAA